AUGAAUGAAAGUAUAAGUGUCUCUACUGCCCCUGUUACACCACAAAAUGAAUUAGAAAAAACAUAUGAUGGGUCUAUUCAAUUAAUUAUUGGUCCUAUGUUUAGUGGUAAAACUACUGAAUUAAUAAGACUUAUUAAAAGGUUUAGAUAUUCCAAAAAAACUACUGUUGUUAUUAAAUACUCUAAGGACACAAGGUAUGGAUCAGAAGAUGAAGCUAUUUCUCAUGACAAAGAAUCAUGGAAAGCUAUUCCAACCAUGAAAUUAAUGCCAUUACUUGAAACUGCUCUUAAUUAUGAAGUUAUUGGUAUUGAUGAAGGUCAGUUCUUCCCAGACUUAAUAGAGUUUUCAGAGGCAUGUGCAAGUUAUGGAAGAUCGGUAAUCAUAGCAGCAUUAGACGGUACAUUCCAAAGAAAACCAUUUGGACAAAUUACUAGUCUUAUUCCAUUAUGUGAAAGCGUAAAAAAGUUAAGUGCUGUUUGUGUUAAUUGUGGUAAAAAAGCAGCUUUUUCAUUAAGAAUUAGUUCAGAAGAAUCAAUUGAAGUUAUUGGAGGAGUGGAUAAAUAUUGUGCUGUUUGCAGAAAAUGUUUCUACAAAGAUGGUGCUACAUUAAAAACUCAAAGAAGUGUUGAAUUUGCUUCUCACAUAAGUGAACUAUAA